GUGACUUACAUGCAUAACAAACUCAAUUAUAUUUAAAGCAAUGAAAGAAUUCUAACCCAACUCUUUUUUUAGGCCCUUUUUUUUUUCUUUUUCUGGUCAAUAAACUUUUGCAUUCGCAAGCAAACAUCCGAAGCCAAAUCCCAACCCCACAACCCCGGAAAAGAAAACCUGAAACAGUAAGGAAGAGAAGAGUUAAAGAAAUCCAAAAAUAGCUGCUUAAAAAGAAGACCAAUCUCAACAAAAAAAAAAAAAAAAAAAAACCAGAAGUAAAAACAAUGGCAGUUACAUCCCAUCUGGCAAAGCUGAGCUCUGUUCCUCUAAACCGUCAUGGGUCUUCCUCUUUUUCUUUCUCACUGCUUCCAUGCAGCGAAUUUCUUCAUAUUCAAAGCAACACAGCUUCAAUGUCAACCAGCUGGAGCUUGGGCAUAAAUGGCUCAAGGAAGCAAAGCAAACCCAUGUCGGUCCGAUGCAUGGCUUCCUCAUUUGGAUCCAGACUUGAGGAGAGUGUUAAGAAGACCGUGGCUCAUAACCCAGUUGUUGUUUACUCCAAGUCUUGGUGCUCGUAUUCUUCGGAGGUGAAAUCAUUGUUCAAGAAACUUGGUGUGAAGCCUUUGGUUAUUGAAUUGGAUGAAUUGGGUGCCCAAGGGCCCCAAGUGCAGAAGGUGCUGGAGCGGCUUACUGGGCAACAUACUGUCCCUAAUGUUUUUAUUGGGGGUAAACAAGUUGGUGGUUGUACAGAUACUGUCAAACUAUACCAUAAAGGAGAACUGGAAUCUUUGCUGUCUAAAGCUACUGCUAAAAGUAAGGAAAACUAGCUCAUUUGAUAUGAUUCCCCCCUGGCAAACUUUGGAUCCUCUUACAGGGCAUGCCACUUUCCUGCGUUUAUAAGCAGAAAUGUUUUGUUCUAUUACAUUUAUUUACUUCAGAACCCCAGAAGUUAUUUCUUUAUAUAUCUCCAUUCAAAUUGUAUAUUCAAAUUGUAUCUCAUGUGAACCUUGUUUGAUAAUAUGACCACUUUUAAACCAGUAGGAUUUA